CUAGCGCUCGGCACGUGUGGGAACAUAGCUGUACAGCGAACAUGUGUAGGUCACAGCUUCACUGAUUCCACGAACGAUGAACAAGGACUAGAAGUGCUGCAUAUAAAUAUCCGCCUGAUGGAUGACCAGUACCAUUCAGGAUCUUGAUGAUCAGUUUUAGGUUCUGUUAGAACUACAAGAUACAUGAGACUGGACACGGGACUGCGAAUGUGCCAGCGUACAUCCCCAGAACAUCCUCAUCUCCGCCAUGGCUAUUGGCAAAGGCAUGUCGCUCGAUAGUGCUGCAUUAAUGUCAACAGUACUCGAAGGCAUUUUAUACGGCUUUUCUGUCCUCAUGUUUAUUGGCACCAUCUGGGCGCUGACCGGGACCCAUGAACGCCACAUGCGGAGCGUCAAUCGUCCGAUCACAGCUGUGGCCGUCUUGCUGUUUGUACUAAGCACUGCGCACAUGGUCGUAGACAUUAUUUGGACUGAAGAAGGACUAGUGCAGCGCCACAACAUAUUACAAAGCGGGCCGGAGGCGUUCUUCACAGAAAUCUCUCAAGAAACUAUUGUGAUACACAAUGCAAUAUACGUUUUGCAAACUCUACUCGGUGACGGGGUGGUGAUUUAUCGUUGUUACAUUGUUUGGCGAAGCAUCUGGAUCAUCAUCUUACCCAGCAUGAUGUGGUGUAGUGUCGCAGUGACCGGUGUGUGCUCGAUCUACAAAUUUUGGCACGCAUCUAUGAUAUCCGGAAAUGUCUUCGGCCUGCCAGUGCUGGUGAUUCGCGAUUGGAUCUCGGCGUUCUAUGCCUUGACACUUGCGACUAAUUUGUUGAGCUCAGGAUUACUGGCGUACCGCAUCUGGAAAAUCGAACAUAAUGUUGCUAGCAGUCGCACUACGAAGAUCACCACGACGAGUAUACUACGCGUGGUUAUGGAUGCUGCUAUUUUAUACUCCAUAGCGCUCCUCUGCACAUUAAUCGGUGUGGUCUGCUCGAACAAUGGAUCGCUCGUUAUGAUAGACAUGCUUACGUCGAUCAUCUCCAUCACAUUCUAUAUGGUGAUCAUACGCAUUGCGAUGGGUAAAAGUACUCACAGUCUUUCAACUGUCCGUCACGGGUCGGGCAGUGACACAGAUGGAGGAAACUUACAGCAUUAUGCCCUGCCUUUGCAGGUGCAUAUAUCCCAUUUCACCCAUAGUGAUGGCGCGUCGGUGUACAGAAAUGGGAAUCUGGACCGACCAUCGACAGGCAAGUCAAGAGUUGUGGAAGGGGCGUCUUGCAAUGUGUAGUCAGAUGAACAUGCUAGCUUCAUACAGAAGUUGAUUGUAUUUGUCUUGGAACACGAUAACUUGUAUGUAUACUGCAUCAGCAAUCAAUUAUUUACUUC